AUGUCGUCAUCUAGACAGAACUUGGGCCAAGGUUCGUCUAGUCGGUCCAGUCGCCAUCGACACGCACAUUAUCACACGGACGAGGAGGAUAACAGCGGUGCAGGCCCCUCUGGCCAUCGCACCUCACGUGGCUCAACUGCUCCAGUCUCGCCUCGCAGUGGCGGCUCUGCCAGUCACCGUGCCAGCCAGGACACGCGCGAGUCUCGUGUGUCUGCGGCAGCGGCAGGUGCUGCUGCCUCAGACUCUGGUGUAGCUGCUUCUGGUACUGCCAAUAACACAAGCAACCAGCGCGGCUCAGCCGCAGACACCUCCUCUUCGGCAUCAUCUGCAGCUGCAGCCGCUGUACAAGCCGUGUCGACCAACGCCACCAUGCCAACUUUCCAGAUGGUUGCCGCGGGCGGUGCCCCGCCUGCCAUGCCGCCUUGCCCCCCUGAUCCGGCUCCUCUUGGUCCUCCUCCUCCGCCUCCUCAUCCGCCUGCCAAUCCGCCAGUCAUCAACCCUCAUGGUGUGCACUUCCAGCCGCAAGUUCCGUCUACAGCCAUGGGCACGGUCAUGGGCAAAUAUAUUCCUCGCUAUGAUCCUCCUGCUCAGCCGCAGCAACAGGGGAUUCUGGUCAAUGGGAUACCGCUUGUUGGGAUCAUGGGUGCUGGCGGCACUGUUACUGUCCCUGUCCAGGGCGUCCAAGCCGUAGGCGUUGCUCCCGUCACGGCGCCAGUCAACCCUAUCGUCGUUCAGCCCGCGCCUCAGACAAUGGUCGUCCAGAAUCCAGCUAUUUCAGCUCCUGCCCCGGUCGCAGCCCCGACCGUUGCAUCCCAGGGCAUGUUGAUCCAGGGCGCCGCCCCUGCUGCUCAAGGUAAUCUUGCGUUCGGUGCACAGCUUCCAGCCCAGCCUCCCGUUCACGUCGAUCCGGCCCUCGGCGUUGGCCUCACCCCGAACGAGCAACUUGCAGAGAACAUUCGACUUGCGCAGAGUGGUAAAGCUUAUGAGCCUCAGGAUUUCAGACCGGCGGAUCCGGACCCGUUUCGUUUGUACUGGUUCCGCGAACCUGACGGCCACUGGGCAGUUUUCCAGCGUCGACAGAUUGAGCGGCUAAAUGCACGCUGGUAUCGCACUGAUGAAGGCGUCUUCUAUGCGGUGCGCUUGCCUGAUCCGCCUGCUAACUGUCCAACACAGGAUGAUAAUGGGAGGGGGGUCAAGAUUGGCACCAUGGCGUUCGGGGUUGAAGGAUGGUCUGCCGGGAUUGAGAUUCGAUACUGCGAGAUUGGCAAGGGAAUGGAUUGGGUCAUAGUCUACUGUAUGAAUCUGCGGGGAUAG